GUCAGACUGAGCUAGCUCGCUCGCUCGCUCGACCUUUUUGCCCUCUGUCAACCUGUGCGCGGUUCGAUUCCGAAAUGGAGGAGGAGAUGGACGAAACCGAUGCUCAACCUCAGGUGUAUAUGGCGUGCAUUCGACAUGGCCAUCGUGUUGGAGUUUCUUAUUACGAUUCUAGCAUUCGCCAACUUCACGUGCUGGAAGUUUGGGAAGAUGGCAGCUCAGACUUCCCCCUAAUUGAUUUGGUAAAAUAUCAAGCCAAGCCGCUUAUCAUUUACACAAGCACUAAAAGUGAAGAAUCAUUCUUGUCCGCUUUACAGCGAAGUGAUGGAAUGACUGAGGCUUUUACAGUAAAGCUUGUGAAAAGUUCAAUAUUUAGCUAUGAGCAAGCAUGGCACAGAUUGAUAUACCUUCGAGUAACAGGGAUGGAUGACGGAUUAAACAUCAAGGAGAGAAUUUGCUAUUUGAGUUCUAUGAUGGACAUGGGAAGUGAUGUUCAAGUUCGUAGUAGUGGUGGCCUUCUUGCCAUAUUAGAGAAUGAAAGGGUUGUAGAUACGCUUGGACAAAUGGAAAGUGGGAACCCAUCCAUUGCAAUUGAUUCUGUUAUAGAAGUGUCACUAAAUAAUUUCCUUAAACUGGAUGCAGCGGCUCAUGAGGCACUGCAGAUAUUCCUAACAGAUAAGCAUCCAAGCCAUAUGGGGAUUGGUAGAGCAAAAGAAGGGUUCUCUGUAUUUGGUAUGAUGAAUAAGUGUGUGACGCCAAUGGGGAGACGUCUCUUGAGAAGCUGGUUCUUGAGGCCAAUACUUGACCUUGAAGUUUUGAACAACCGUCUCAAUGCCAUAUCAUUCUUUCUUUCUUCUGAAGAAUUGAUAAAUUCUUUACAUGGAACUCUGAAAUCUGUAAAGGACAUUCCUCACAUACUCAAGAAAUUCAACUCUCCGAGCUCGAUAUGUACCAGCAGUGAUUGGACAGCUUUUUUAAAGAGUGUUUGUUCACUCUUGCAUGUAAACAAGAUAUUUGAAGUAGGUGUUUCAGAGAGUCUUCAAGAGCAUGCAAAGUACUUCAGUUUGGACAUUGUUGAGAAGGCUGCUUCAUGCAUUACAACUGAGCUGGCUUAUGUAUAUGAAUUGGUAAUUGGUGUUCUAGAUGUAAGUAGAAGUAAAGAGAAGGGAUAUGAGACGAUUGUGAAAGAUGACUUCUGUGACGAGUUAGAUGAGCUGAGGCAAAUAUAUGAGGAAUUGCCUGAAUUUUUAGAACAGGUGUCUCAAAUGGAACUUGAAAGACUUCCUCAGCUGUACAAAGACAAGCUUGCUCCUUGUAUUGUUUAUAUACAUCAGAUAGGAUACUUGAUGUGCAUUUUCGAAGAAAAAUUUGAUGAAGCUACCCUGGAGAAGGUUCAAGAUUUCGAAUUUGCUUUCUCUGAUGCAGAAGGAGAAACAAAAAGGUUCUUUUAUUAUACACCAAAGACACGAGAGCUGGAUAAUUUGCUGGGAGAUAUCUAUCAUAAAAUACUAGAUAUGGAGAGGGCAAUCACUCGAGAUUUGGUGUCGCAUAUACUUCUAUUUUCAGAACACCUGCUUAAGGCUGUAAAUUUUGCAGCUGAACUUGAUUGCUUUUUGUCAUUGGCACUGGUUGCUCGUCAAAACAAUUAUGUGAGGCCGACGCUGACUAUGGAUUGCUUGAUUGAUAUACAAAACGGAAGACAUGUUUUGCAGGAAAUGACUGUAGACACAUUUGUUCCAAAUGACACAAAGAUCGAAAAUGAUGGAAGAAUUAAUAUCAUCACUGGUCCUAACUAUUCAGGGAAAAGCAUCUACAUAAAGCAGGUAGCUUUAAUUGUUUUCCUGUCCCACAUAGGAAGUUUUGUACCAGCGGAUUCUGCAACCGUUGGCUUGACUGAUAGAAUAUUUUGCGCAAUGGGAAGCAAGUUUAUGAGUGCCGAAAAGUCAACAUUUAUGAUUGAUUUGCAUCAAGUAGGGAUGAUGCUAAGGCAGGCGACUUCAAGGUCUUUGUGCCUCGUUGAUGAAUUUGGUAAAGGUACUCUUACAGAAGAUGGUGUUGGUUUGCUCGGUGGAACUAUAAACUACUUGGUUUCAUAUGAUGACCCCCCAAAGGUUCUGGUGUGCACUCAUCUGACUGAGUUAUUCAGUGAGAGUUGUUUACCUAAAUCCAAGAAUAUCAAAUUUUACACUAUGAGUGUGCUGAGGCCUGAGAACUCUACAGAUAUUGAGGAUAUUGUAUUCCUAUAUAGGCUAGUUCCUGGGCAGGCACUUCUUAGCUACGGUCUGCAUUGUGCUCUACUUGCUGGUGUCCCCGAGGAAGUUAUUCAAAGAGCAUCAUUUAUAUUGGACGCUCUUGGAAACAAUAAACACGUUGAGCGAUUGUGCAAUGAGAACGUAUCAGCUAUGGAUCAGCAAUACCAGAAUGUAGUGGACAAGAUGCUGGCAUUUGAUUUUUGCAAAGGCGAUGUAGGCUCGUUUUUUCAGGAUUUAUUUCCAACUGAGCCUUAAAAAAUUACUAAAG